CGGGCCAUGUCCUGGGGCUGGGGCGCAGAACUCGGCGGGACAGAGACCGAGGGGAGCGCUCCGGCUCGCCUCAUGGCGAGGGAGCUGGCGAGGUGCUGGCGAGCUGCUGUGCCAGGCCGGGGCACGGGGGCUCGGCUGCCGGAGCAGUGCCCGUGUCCCCGCGCCGCAGCAUCCCGCCGCCCUGCGGGUGUGUCCGGUCACACGUGCAGCUCCCGCGGCGGCUCCGCGAACCGCUCCGGCCCCACCGCCCCGUCCCGCUCCCGCCGGAGCCCCAGCCCCGCAGCCCCGCGGGACCGGACCGUGCCGGGGCCGCUCUGCCCUGCCAAGCCCUGGUUCAGGCUGGGACGGGCCGGGGCGAGCCCCCAGCCCACCAUUUCCCCUCCGAGGAGCUUCGGCCCCGGGGCGGGGGCGAUGGGUCGUGCGGGAGCUGAGCCCGGCGCUGGCCGUGACCCCGCGCUGGGUGGGUCACCAGAGCCGCCCCACAGCCCACGGCGAGCCGGGGCAUGCGGCGUGUGAGGGGCUGCAGAGGGCAGGGGCUGCCCGGGGGCUCCGCACUCCCCCUGCGAGCCGCCGGCAUGGUCCGGAGAUGGGGCUGGAUCCCGGGGAUGGCUCCUGGCCCCCAGCCCCAGCUGUGCUGUGCUGUGGCACCCAUGGGUGAGGGUUUUGCUGGCUGAGCUCCGCCCGCCGGAGCGUGUUCCCAAAUCCAGGCCCCCUCCGCAGCCCCCGUUCCCCUCAGAGCUGCCUCCUCGCCCUGCUCCAGCGUGGGGCAGCCCACGCCGGAGGUUCUCCCCCCACGCUGUCCCGGGCAGUGGCCCCCGCCCCGCCGGCCGGCAGACACGAGGUUAAGGGGGCGAGAGCUCCGGGUUCCUGCCCCGGAGCUUUGGAGGAAGCUUUCCUCCCGCCGGAGCUGAGCGCGGAGCCGGGCGGACGGUCGGGCUCAGCAGGGCGGGCGUGGGGCGCGGGAAGGGGGAGCGGGGCGGGCCGGACCCCGCCGCCCCCGCUGGGCCAGGAAGGGCCGGGCCCGUGCUGGGGAAGGACGCCGGGGGUCCAGGCCCACAGCCCACGCUCUGCCCCGAUGGUGCCACCCCCCUGUGCCAACUCUGUCCCUGCAGCAGUGGUGCUGGGUGUUGGUGCUCCCGCCCGGCUGGAGGGCAGGCAGGUGGAAAGCUCAUCCCAGGGUCUGUCACCGCCCUGAGCCCCAUGGCCAUUUAAUCCUUCACCCAUUAACUUGGACUAAUAAACCUCGUGGGACCGAGAGGCUAAAAGCCGCGCUCGCUCCAGCACUGCCUCUGCCCGUGCCACUCCUGCUGCCCGCCAUGGCAGCCGGCUUCUUCAUCAGCAAGACCGUGGGCAUCGUGGCCAUCGUGCUGGGCCUGGGGGCUGUGGCCACCAUCAUUGCACUCUCGGUGGUGUACGCCCAGGAAAAGAACAAGGGGACAUCAGAUGUGGGAACCAACACCACGGCUGGCCCCGGCACCACCACCAGCACUACCCCUGCCCCAAACAACCCCUGGAACCGGUGGAGGUUGCCGGCCACACUGAAGCCAGAGUUCUACGAGGUGUCCCUGCAGCCCUUCUUGAAGCCCGAUGCCAACAACAUGUACAUCUUCAAGGGCAACAGCAGCGUGGUCUUCGUGUGCGAGGAAGCCACCAACCUCAUCCUCAUCCACAGCAACAAGCUCAACUACACCAUGCAGGGCUCCUUCCAUGCCACGUUGGAGGCAGAGGGUGUUGGCACGGUCCCUGCCAUCUCCCGCACGUGGCUGGAGACUGCCACCCAGUACCUGGUGGUGCAGCUGGACGCGCCCCUGCAGCAGGGCCAGCGGUACCGCCUGUCCAGCAGCUUCACCGGGGAGCUGGCCGAUGACCUGGCUGGCUUCUACCGCAGUGAAUACACAGAGUCAGGCAACAAGCAGGUGGUGGCCACCACGCAGAUGCAGGCGGCUGACGCACGCAAAGCUUUCCCCUGCUUCGACGAGCCGGCCAUGAAAGCCAACUUCUCGGUGACACUGAUCCACCCCUCCAACUAUACAGCCAUUUCCAACAUGCCUGCCAAAAACACCAGGCAGCAGAUGAUUAAUGGGGAGGCCUGGAAUGUCACUGAGUUUGAAACCACCCCCCGGAUGUCCACGUACCUUCUGGCCUUCAUUGUCAGCCAGUUCACCUACGUGGAGAGUAACUCGCAGAAGACACAGAUUCGCAUCUGGGGCCGCCCCAAUGCCAUCCGGGAGGGCCAGGGCGACUACGCACUCAAUGUCACCGGCCCCAUCCUCAGCUUCUUUGAGGAGCAUUACAAAACGUCCUACCCGCUCCCCAAGUCUGACCAGGUUGGCCUCCCUGACUUCAACGCGGGUGCGAUGGAGAACUGGGGGCUGGUGACCUACCGGGAGAACUCGCUGCUCUUCAAUGAUGGCUACUCCUCCAUUGGCAACAAGGAGCGCGUGGUGACCGUCAUCGCCCACGAGCUGGCACACCAGUGGUUUGGGAAUUUGGUGACGCUGCGGUGGUGGAACGACCUGUGGCUGAACGAGGGCUUUGCCUCGUAUGUGGAGUACCUGGGUGCCGACUCUGCUGAGCUCUCCUGGAACAUCAAAGACCUGAUGGUGCUGAACGAGCUGCAUGCGGUGAUGGCGACAGACGCCCUGGCCAGCUCCCACCCGCUCUCCUUCCGUGAAGAGGAGAUCAACACCCCAGCCCAGAUCAGUGAAGUCUUUGACAGCAUCGCCUACAGCAAGGGAGCGUCGGUGCUGCGGAUGCUCUCGAGCUUCCUCAGUGAGGACAUCUUCAAGAAGGGGCUGCAGUCCUACCUCCACACCUUCUCCUACAACAACACCGUCUACACUGACCUCUGGGUCCACCUGCAAGAGGCGGUGGAGAAGAACAACGUGCAGCUGCCUGACAGUAUCAGCAACAUCAUGGAUCGCUGGACGCUGCAGAUGGGCUUCCCUGUGGUGACUGUGGACACCCGCAGCGGCACCGUCAACCAGACCCAUUUUCUGCUGGACCCCACAUCUUCUGUGGACAGACCCUCUGUCUUCAACUACACCUGGAUCGUCCCCAUCACCUGGAUGACAGGGAGCAGCCACGGGAACAGCACCUACUGGCUGACCAAAGUCACAGACACCAACAACAACUUCAAGCUCAACAGCUCCAGCUGGCUCCUGCUGAACCUUAAUGUCACUGGCUACUUCCGUGUCAAUUACAACCAGGAGAACUGGGACCAGCUCCUCAACCAGCUUGGCACUAACCACACGGUCUUCCCUGUGAUCAACCGCGCCCAGAUCAUUGAUGACGCCUUUAACCUGGCCAGGGCCAAGUACGUCAACGUGACCUUGGCUCUGGACACGACGCGGUUCCUGAGCCAGGAGACAGAAUACAUUCCGUGGCAGGCAGCGCUCAACAACCUCCAGUACUUCCAGCAGAUGUUUGACCGCAGUGAGGUCUUUGGGGCCAUGUCGAGAUACAUGAAGAAGCAGGUGACCCCUCUCUUCAGCUACUACAAGAACAUCACCAAUGGCUGGAAAGAUAUCCCCAGUGGCCUGAUGGUCCAGUACAACGAAGUCAAUGCCAUCAGCACCGCCUGCUCCUACGGUGUCACCGAGUGCCAGCAGCUGGCCACCGACUACUUGCGCCAGUGGCAGGAUGCCACGGACAACCCGGUCCCCCCGAACCUGCGCUCAGCCAUUUACUGCAGCAUGGUGGCCACGGGCGGGGAGGAGGCCUGGGAUUUCCUCUGGGAGAAGUUCCAGAACGCCACUGUGGUGUCUGAGGCUGACAAGCUCCGCACAGCCCUCUCCUGCAGCCCUCACCCCUGGAUCCUCAACCGGUACCUGGAGUACACCCUUGACCCUACGAAGAUCCGGAAGCAGGAUGCCACCUCCACGAUCAACAGCAUUGCCAGCAACGUUGUGGGGCAGCCCCUGGCCUGGGACUUCAUCCGUGGCAACUGGAGGACGCUCUUCAGCCAGUAUGGGGGCGGCUCCUUCUCCUUCUCCCGCCUGAUUUUAUCUGUGACCCAGCGCUUCUCCUCAGAGUUUGAGCUGCAACAGCUGGAGCAGUUCAAGAAGGACAACCAGGACAUCGGGUUUGGCUCGGGGACGCGGGCGCUGGAGCAGGCGCUGGAGCGCACCCGCGCCAACAUCAACUGGGUGAAGGAGAACCGGGCCACAGUGCUGGCGUGGUUUGAGGACCAGACCAAAUAACAGGACUGCGCUUCCCUGGCCACCAGGACGGACCCUCGCCCUCUCCUGACUGCACUCACUCCAUCCCUGCAGCCCCCAGGCCCCGCACUGCUGCCCACAGAACAUGGGCUGGGCAGGGGGCAUGUCAGGCUCUGCGCUCUGGGAGUGUGAAUAAAAACUUCCCAGUUUCCAGGGGCA